UUUCUCAGGAUUCUUUGUAAGUUUUAUGCACAUGGAGCAUGUCUGAAAGGGGAGCACUGUGAGUAUUCACAUGAUUGGAGUGAUCCAGCAAGUAAUGUGUGCACUUUCUUUCAGAAAGGAGCAUGCUCUUAUGGUAGCCGAUGCAGGUAUGAACAUGUUAAACUUUCUCGUCUACGGCAUUCUAUCUCAUCAUCAUCAACAAAUCCUCAUCAGCAUUCAUCUAGAAUUGCCUUGAGCGGGGAAACCACUUCAGUCCUGAGUAUUCCUGCAGAGCUUUCAGCUUUGAAUAGACCUUUCUCUCCUCCUAGCAAACCAGCUUGGAGUCAUGAUUCGGGAAACCAUAAUGUCUUCGACAAUGGGAAUGAGAGGGAAUCCACAAUUGUUAGGCCUUCUGAUCGCUCUAUUUGUUCAUUUGCUGCUGCUGGUAACUGCCCUCAUGGGGAAAAAUGUCCACACAUUCAUGGAGACUUAUGUCCCACUUGUGGAAAACAUUGCUUACAUCCAUAUAGGCCUGAUGAAAGGGAGGAGCACACCAAGACAUGUGAAACAAAGAAAAAGCACCUUGAGGCAUUGAAACACAGCCAAGAAAUUGAGUGCAGUGUGUGCCUAGAUCGUGUUCUCUCAAAGCCCACGGCUGCUGAACGCAAGUUUGGAUUGCUAUCAGAAUGUGAUCAUCCAUUCUGUAUAUCCUGCAUCAGGAAUUGGCGUAGUAGUUCCCCAUCCUCUGGCAUGGAUGUUAAUACUGCACUGAGGACCUGCCCAAUAUGUCGUAAACUUUCAUAUUUUGUCAUUCCAAGUGUCAUUUGGUAUUCCACAAAAGAAGAAAAGCAGGAGAUUAUUGACAGCUACAAAGCAAAGCUUAGGUACCAUAAUAAUCCUACAGAUUUCUGUGUUUGUAGUUAA